AUGAGCAUAAAUGGUGCUGGUAAAACGACAACAUUCGAUAUGUUAACCGGUAUAUCAAUACCCGAUAGUGGCACUGCAGCGAUCGAUGGCCGUUCCAUCAAUCAGCGACAGGUUCGGAGAUAUUUUUAUUGUUAUAUAUUGAUUAUUACUGUUGUCAGUUUCGUAUCGUUGAUUGUUUGA